CAAGGAGAAUAUAAUAUAGACAAAGUUUCGUUAUUCUCCCGUUAAUUUGUUGAAUAAAUCCACAAGCCACCUUCUUUGUUGUGCUGAUCUCUUUCUCUCUAUAUAUAUAGAUAGCUUAUUUAUUGAUUGUCUAUGAAUAAAAUCUUCAGGUUUUGUUACAGUUGUAAUAAUUGUGUGGUGAUUGGAUUGAAGAGAAAAAGAAGAUUAUGAAUAUGGGGUUGAAAUUGAAGGAGACGUUCUACUUGUCCCAUGGAGCACCAAGUCUAGUCAUAGAUGAUUCAAUCCCUGCGUGGCACUUCUUCAAUUCCUGGAAGGAGCAGUUUCCGACGAAACCCUCUUCCAUUCUUGUUAUCUCCGCCCACUGGGACACCCAUGUUCCCACCGUCAACGUCGUUGACCAAAAUGACACCAUCUACGACUUCUCUGGCUUCCCCAAAUCCAUGUACAAGCUCAAGUAUCCAGCACCAGGAGCUCCACAGUUGGCAAAGAGGGUGAAGGAGCUUCUCUUAGGAUCAGGAUUUAGCCAUGUGGAUGAAGAUAAGAAACGUGGGCUUGACCAUGGUGCAUGGGUGCCUCUCUUUUUGAUGUACCCAGAGGCAGACAUCCCUGUGUGUCAACUCUCUAUUUCAUCAAACAAAGGUGGUACCUAUCACUACAACAUGGGAAAGGCUUUGGCCCCUCUUAAGGAUGAGGGUGUUCUCAUCAUUGGUUCUGGGAGUGCCACCCACAACCUCAGAGCUAUGGCACCUCGUGGUUCUCCACCUGCUCCUUGGGCUUCCGCAUUUAUGUCCUGGCUAGAAACCUCUCUUCUUGAUGGAAGAUACGAGGAAGUAAAUGAAUUCGAAGAGAAGGCCCCAUAUGCAAAAAUGGCUCAUCCCUGGCCAGAUCACUUCUUCCCAUUGCAUGUGGCCAUGGGAGCUGCUGGUGAAAAUGCAAAGGCCAAAGUUGUACAUGAUAGUUGGGAUGCUGGUUCUAUCUCUUAUGCUUCUUUCGGUUUUACAACAGCUAAAAGUUGAUCCUACAUAUUCAUAGAUUCCCUAUAUACUGUUCACUGUUGGCUUAAUAUGUAUAAUAAUUAAAAUUACAAAUACAUUGUUUGAAUCAAUAAAGAAAUGUAUACUGUUUGUGUUUGUUUAUCACUUAGUCUCUAAAGGUCUAUAUGGCUUGGUUCCUA